AUGAACGACAACGGCGCAGAUACCCAUGCAUUCGAGAAUGCGGAUUCUCAGAUCGACCCAGCCGUUCUUAAAGAGUUGCCGAAAGGAUGCAAGGUCACAUCUACCAGGAAGCAUGGUGUCAGCUUCUGGGGGCAAACCGGUCGCAUAGAUGUUUCGCUUUGGGAUGGUAGUCCGCAAUCCUUCUUCAUCAAGACUCUUGUGAAUAAAUCAGGCCUAGAUAUGGUCAAGGGCGAAUUUCAGUCAAUAAGCGCAAUACAAGAUGUCUUGCCAGGAAGUGUUCCAAGGCCCAUGGCCUGUGGUACCUAUAUUACUACACCAGACACCCACUUUUUCCUCUGCGAGUUUCGAGAAAUGACAAACGAUUUACCCGACCCUCACAAAUUUGCCGCUCUCCUGUCAACGCUGCAUCAAAACAGCGUGUCUCCCACCGGCAAAUUUGGGUUUCACAUCACCACGUACGCAGGAAAUUUACCCCAGUUUGUGACAUGGGAAGAUAGCUGGGAGGCAUUUUUCGCCAAAACCAUGAGGCAGGCGCUUGACUUGGAAAUGAAAAGCAAAGGGCCUAAUGAAGAGCUCGAUAUCCUAUCCCAUGCUUUGUUUGAAAAAGUUAUUCCAAGGCUUCUAAGGCCACUCGAGAGUGACGGCAGAAAAGUGAAGCCUUCGCUUGUACACGGAGACCUUUGGCACGCAAAUGCGGGGACUGAUAUCACUAAUGGUCAGCCUCUUGUCUUUGAUGCAUGUUGUUUCUUUGCACAUAACGAAUAUGAAUUUGGUCAGUGGCGACCGGCCUGUAAUAAGUUUGGGGAUGAGUAUGUUGCUGCCUAUAAUAGAUUCGUGCCCAUUUCACCACCAGAAGAGGAUUUUGAAGGCCGUCUAGAUCUCUAUAGAUUGAGGUUUGACACACAUGUAUCGGCACUUUUUGUCGAUGACCAGAAGCUCCGCACACAGUAA